AUGGUUCUUCCCGUGAAGGUCAAUCAUCGCAAUCAACCAAAAAAGUGUCCACCGUCCAUGUCGAUCGUAAUGGUGUCGAUGGUCCACCUUGGCCUUGACGAUUGCUUGCAACAACUGUUCUUCAACAUACGUUGGCAAGAUUACCUAGAUCUUUCCACGCGCACAUACACACAACCCACACUUGAGUUCCUCUCCACUUAUGCAUGGGAUGAUACGGAGGGUUGCUCAUAUUUAGACUCCAUGGUCGGCAGCACUGACUCUCAUACACCACCCUCAACACUAUCAUGGGAACAUGCGAUGACAACAAUACCGACAUCUAUAGUUAUUAAUGGACUCAAUUCAAGAGCAGGCCCAAAAAUCGCUCAUCGGAUCCUUUUAACUUCAAUAUUUGGUCGUCACGAGCCGAGAGAAAUAAACACAUUCGAGCUAUAUUUCCUCUAUUGCAUGACUAGCAACCAUUGGUCUUGCCUCGGUUUCACCACCUUUUUCUUGGAUAAAUGUGACAUCAUACGCACGAAGACCACUGGCGACAUUUGCAUUGGAGAUCUCAUUACCCUCAUUGGUUUGGAUAUAGGCCAUCCAUUUCCCGAGUCCGAGUAUGUGCCAAUGGAUGACCCACCUCUCCACCUCCUCGACUGCUUCGCUCUCACCCGGAUGGAAUUAGUGGUACCUAUCAAUAAUCGUUAG